CCCAGGGUGGAGUUAAUUGAAUGUGAAGUGACAGGGGGCGAGAGGGGAGAUUGUGGGGUGCAGAGAGGGGAACGAUCGAGACCACAAUUGGAGUUGUGGGGAAUCUGGGGUCGCUUCAUCCUAUGGAAUUUCUCUUCUUCCUCUUCUCCUCCUCCUCCUUCUCCCCCCAUCAGUCUCUCUUCUUUUUACGUCCUACAAAGUCGUCACUCGCCACCGAGCGGUUAGGCUUUGCACUGUUGCUCUCGAUCCCAGUUUUGUGUCCAGAAAGAGUGCCUAUACAGCAUUUUUGGGGUUCAAACUCCGACAAUGGCUGCUAUUGGAGAGCCUAAAGACGUCGUUACUGCGAACUGGCCGGACUCUUCUAGGCUUUCAUCAGCUCGCGAAGAGAAAUCGAAUAAGGCGAGCGAUGAUCAGGUUGAAAAUAUCACCACAGAAGAUGAGAAGCCCGGCCUGGCUGUGGGAAAAGAGGGUUGGUUGUUGAGGUUAUGGAAGCAUGGGAAGCGUUGGUGGCUUUGCUAUGCAAUUGGGCUUCUUAUCCUUCUUGCAGUGCUGCUUCCAGUAUUUUUUCUAGUCAUAUUCCCAGCAAUCGCUCAAAGGAUGGUUAACGAUGCAAACCUCCCCAUAUCCUCGAUUGGACUUUCAAAUCCAACAUCGAAUAGCACUGAGAUAUCUCUACAAGCAAACAUUAAGCUUCCGACGCCGCUAUCUGUUCACAUCAACCCGAUUCCUCUCAGCUUGUUUGUGAACGAUGGUACGAAAAACAUUGUUCCUUACACUAAUAUCGUCCUACCCGAGAAUGAUUUGCAUGGCAAUACGACUUUAACCAUCACCGACCAACCAGCAAAGAUUCUGGACACGGAUAUAUUUACAAAGUUUGUACAUAGUGUUGUUUUUUCGGAAGCAUUUACACUUUCGGUGACAGGCUCUGCAAACGCUUACGUCGGAAAAUUAAAAGCCCGCGUACACUUGCAGAAGGACAUUCAAUUGACCGGUCUCAACGGCCUGACAGGAUUCGAUAUUGCUGAUGCUCGUCUCAUUCUUCCUCCCGAAGCCGAUGGAACAAAUCUCCUGGCAAACCUGUCCCUACCAAAUGCAUCCAUUUUAAAAAUUAACCUCGGAAACAUGACAUGGAACUUGAUAAUUGGAGGGGUUAAUCUCGGCACGGCCGCCCUCCAGGAUGUUAUUCUAAACCCUGGCAGCAACAUAAUUCCAGCUCGAUGUGUACUUGAUCUGAAAAAGGCUGUCAAGCACUUGCCUCAAAUUAUAGCUUCUGAAUUGGACGCCCUGAAACACGGCAACCUUUCAAUUUCUGCAUCUGGAAACACGACGAUUUACAACGGUCAGCACAUCGAUUAUUUCGAGAAGAGUUUGAAUCAGCUUACUUUGACCGCACAAGUUUCACUACUGUCGCUUAUAGUCGAUUCUAUGAGCGGAAUUCUGAGUUCGCCUUUAGGCUCGGGGCUACUAAACCUUUCCUCUUUUUCCAAUAUAAGUAACAUUCUGCCUCUAUUAUCAGCGCAAUUAGUUUAGAAUAGUACCUUAUUUAUGCACCUGCUGUAUAUCUCUGUAUUUAUCUUCCCUCAAGGGAGGGUAUCCGGUCCAAGGCCGGAUACCCUCCCUUGCAGUCUUUUGAGAAGAGGAUUCAAAUUUGUCACCAUAUCGCGUCUCUAUCUCACGUAAAUAUGCCCACUGCCCUUGCUUUGACCUCUACAAAUGCCAGUGAUAGCCGGUGAUUGGCGUACUCAUUUACUGUUGAUUGCACCACUUUUCACUUGAGUAGGGUAUCAAAGAGCAGAGUUCGAAGAUCCUCUAUGAUAUCAGUGUUCAAGGAGAAUAGGCCAGCCAUCUGCCUAUUGUGAUUAUGGGAUGACAGUCGUCUGUGCUCAAAAAGCGCAUACACGUAUUUUCAAGACCCGGAGACCUGACAAAGUAUUUCAGGAGGAAGCACCUGGCCAACAUCAGGGAUGGAAGGCGGAUAGAGUACAGGGUCUACCAGAUGACUCUUCUAACAUAAGACGCACCGAGAGCACCAUGCCCACAAAAUACAUGGAACCGCCUCCUAGUACCUCACUUGCCCCAUGAUGGCGCGCGGCUGCAUACCACAUCACCGAGACUGGCUAUCGCUAAGCAUGGUGAGGGGAACUGCGCACCGUAUAACCCGAAUAACUCGAAUGGCGCGUUGGACCCAACGCCGGGGUAUUCAUCCUGUUGAUCUAUCAGCUCCCUAUCUCUCCAUGCUGUAGCCGCAUCUCGAUCUAAUUUGCAACUCUUGGCACAAGCAUAUCAGAUUUCAUCAUCGAUCGGAAGCUAAGGCUCGUUGUGUUGCUAGUCAAUAGGUGUUGGUAGACGCUGAACUGUGCUGCUGGCAGAAACAUCUAACUGUCGGAUAGCCUACUAAGCUCGACGUUUUUUCUAGUCUAAACAAGUUCUUGGGGCGUUAAGUUUGAUUGAAGUGCAACUGUGGUACAUCCAGAGGCUGUCGAUGUCGUGCAUGAGGCGGUGGUAGACGUAGAAACAAAAGUCAAGCAUGACACCAGGCUAUGGGCGAAGGUACCUGGUUUGUCUAGUAGCUGAGGAAGAUGGCCAUCAACGCGGAAGGUGGACGUCGAGAGGGGACCCGUUUGAAUCGUUCCCAUUCUGCCACGCUGGACUUAGCCAUUUUGGCGAGAAAUGGGAGAGCUGCGGAAACCGGAGUUCAGCUAUGACCCGACAAGGAAAAUUACUAGUAAAUUGUAUGUAAUUCUCCCCAUCCGGCCAUACCCCCCACGGCGUUCCUUUGUAUCCCCCACGUGACGUAGAGCCGCCCUUUGUUCCCUCUGUAGAAUACUGGCCUUUAAUUAAU